AUGUUCCCAAUAUCACGAUUUUCGCGCAAGAAAAACUCCGGAUGUUCAUGGAAAAUCUCUGCACCUUCAGGAGCACAAAUAGCCGUGGAACUUAGUAGAGUCUCAUUACAAAGUGGUAAUGAAGUGCAGCUCUUGAAUGACGAAGGUAACAUUCUCGCGAAAAUUACUGGAUCGGCGAGCGUGUCAUUAAAAUUAGGAGGUGCCUCAGCUAGAAUUGAUGUCAUUACAGCGGUUACACCAUCUGGAAGUGAAGCAGAAGAGCUGCAAUUCAAAUACCUAGCAGUCGUGCAGACGACUGGAACAGACACAGCUACUGCAUGUGAUUCUGAUGCUGGAGAGACAAUCGACUUGGCCACCGUAACUAACAGAUGCAUCACCUCGCCUCUUUUUCCAGAAUCACCGCCUCUGAUUAACACAAACUGUAAAUGGACAAUACAGACGAAUGGACAAAUCCAGUACAACAUGAUUUUCUUUCAUUUAGAAGCAACUACCGGCUGUAACGACGGGGACUUUCUAACGAUAACUGUUCAAGGUACUACUGGACCUAAAAAAUGUAGGCGACAACUUCAAGGUGAAACCCAAACGAAUCUACCAAGUCCUGUAGUUGUGGAUUUCUUUUUUGACAACAGCGAUAAUCUGCCAGGAUUUCUAAUGUGUUUCAAAAAUAUCCCGGCAACCACAACAACUACGACAACAACGACAACAACAACGACUACGACAACAACGACUACGACAACACCAACACCAACUACGACUCCAACUACGACUCCAACUACAAUACAACCAACAAUGAAAUUCAUCGCCGAUGAUGUUGGCCUUGUAUCUCCUAGUACUCAUAGGAGCUUUCGACACAGCUCAGACUGCAAAUGGACUCUAACUUCACCACUUAACACAAUAACAGCGGUAGAACUAAGUGAGGUUGAUGUCGGAAGUACAACUGUAAUAGGAAUAUUUGAUGACAAUGGUAAUCUUCUUCGGUCUGUUACGGAUGUAAAGGCGAGCUUUUCUCUGAGACCUUUUGCUAGAGUAACUGAAGUUCGUGCGGAUAAACGAGCAAUAGCUUCAAUUAGAAGAGAGGUACUGGAAUUCAAAUACCUAUCCGUCGUUCAGAGGACUGCAUCGGACACGGCUACUGCAUGUGAUUCUGAUGCUGGAGAGACAAUCGACUUGGCCACCGUAACUAACAGAUGCAUCACUUCGCCUCUUUUCCCAAACGCACCGCCUCUCACCAACUACAAUAAUAACUACGAUACCAACUACGAUGACAACUACCAAACCAACUACCAUGACAACUACGACACCAACUACAACGACAACUACGAUACCAACUACGAUGACAACUACGACACCAACUACGAUGACAACUACCACACCAACUACAACGACAACUACGACACCAACUACCACACCAACUACAAUGGCAACUACCACACCAACUACCACACCAACUACCACACCAACUACCACACCACCAACAAGUUAGUUCUCAUAUACUAA